AUGUUGAGAUCUGUUUCUAGUAAGAGAUCUUUUUCUGUUGCAUCUAGACUGUUUGCUAAUAAGAAACAUGAAGUUGUUGUUAUUGGGGGUGGUCCAGGUGGCUAUAUUGCUGCUAUUAAGGCUGCUCAACAAGGUUACGACACUGCUUGUGUCGAAAAGAGAGGCAGGUUGGGGGGUACUUGUUUAAAUGUAGGCUGUAUUCCUUCUAAGGCUCUUCUAAACAACUCUCAGUUGUUUCAUCAGAUGAAAUCAGACGCCAAGGGGAGAGGUAUUGAUAUUGAUGGAACUGUCAAUAUUAAUGUUGCUAAUUUACAAAAACAUAAAGAUACUGUAGUUAAGCAAUUGACAGGCGGUAUCGAAAUGCUGUUCAAAAAACAUAAAAUUGCUUACUAUAAGGGUGAAGGUUCUUUUGAGGACACUACUCACGUUAAAGUCAGCCCAGUUGAUGGCUUAGAGGGUUCAGUCAAAGAAGAGACAGUGUUGGAGACUGAAAAAGUCAUUGUGGCCACAGGUUCGGAAGUUACUCCUUUCCCAGGUAUCACCAUUGAUGAAGAGAGAAUUAUCUCUUCUACCGGCGCUUUGUCUUUGAAAGAAAUUCCAAAGAGAUUCACUAUCAUCGGUGGUGGUAUCAUUGGUUUGGAAAUGGCAUCAGUAUACAGUCGUUUGGGCUCCGAAGUUACAAUUGUAGAAUUCCAACCACAAAUAGGUGCCUCUAUGGACGGUGAAGUCGCAAAGGCAACUCAAAAGUUUCUAAAAAAACAAGGUAUCAAUUUUAAGUUAAGCACUAAGGUCUUAUCUGGCGUUAGAGAAGGUGAAGUUGUUAAUAUUGAAGUUGAAGCCGUUAAAGACGGUAAGAAGGAAAAGCUGCAAGCUGACGCAUUGUUGGUUGCCGUUGGUAGAAGACCAUACAUUAAAGGUUUGAAUGCUGAAAAGAUCGGUUUGGAAGUAGACAAGAGAGGAAGAUUGGUUAUCGAUGACCAAUUCAAUUCUAAACAUCCAAACAUCAAGGUUGUUGGUGAUGUUACAUUCGGUCCUAUGCUAGCACACAAGGCAGAAGAAGAAGGUGUCGCUGCUGUAGAAUAUUUUAAGACUGGCCAUGGUCACGUCAAUUACAACAAUAUUCCAUCAGUUAUGUACUCUCACCCAGAAGUCGCAUGGACUGGUCAAACUGAAGAACAAUUGAAAGAAGCUAAUAUUAAAUUUAAGGUUGGUAAAUUCCCAUUCAUUGCUAACUCAAGAGCUAAAACAAACUCGGAUACCGAAGGUUUUGUUAAGAUUUUGAUUGAUGAAAAGACUGAACGUAUACUAGGUGCUCACAUCAUCGGUCCAAAUGCUGGUGAAAUGAUCGCCGAAGCUGGUUUGGCUAUCGAAUACGGUGCAUCUGCUGAAGAUGUUGCUAGAGUUUGUCACGCUCACCCAACCUUGUCUGAAGCUUUCAAAGAAGCUGCAAUGGCUGCCUACGAUCAGCCAUUAAAUUUCUAA